CGCUUCCCAUAAGAUUGUAUGGAGCCAGGCGGCUCGCACUGUGCAGCGCUGACACACUCAGGAACCGAGAGCAGCAGCGCCAACCCCGGGACUUAUCUGUGUAAAGUGAGAGCAGGGAAAGCGGCAGUGCCAGCGGGAAUACACUGGGCAAGGAGGGCACAGCUGGCUGGACAUAACUUUCCUUUUACUCUGGGGGGGCGGCACCAAGCGCCCGUCUCUUGCCCCCAAGAGAUCCGGUGAGGUUUUGGAGGGAAUGCUAUGCCAGUGGGACAUGUGAGUUUGGAGAGUAUUUGAGGUUUCAUCACCAUGAGGAUGUGUUCAGCUGGGAGACUUCAGUGCUCAGUAUGGCUGAGUGUGCUGUGGGCACUGGGCACCCUACAAGCAGCUUGUGGCCAGUCAGUGUGUGCCGGCACAGAAAACAAACUGAGCUCUUUGUCAGACCUGGAGCAGCAGUACAAAGCUUUACGAAAGUAUUACGAGAACUGUGAAGUGGUGAUGGGAAACUUGGAGAUCACUAGUAUCGAACCUGGACGCAAUCUCAGCUUUCUCCGGUCAAUACGAGAAGUGACUGGCUAUGUCCUUGUGGCCCUCAACCAGUUUGAUUACCUUCCACUAGAGAAUCUCCGCAUCAUCCGUGGAAUUAAACUGUACGAGGACCGCUAUGCCCUGGCCAUCUUUUUGAACUACCGCAAAGAUGGGAAUUACGGACUGAGAGAACUGGGUCUAAGGAACUUGACAGAGAUCCUGAAUGGAGGAGUGUACCUUGGACAAAAUAAGUUCCUGUGCUAUGCUGACACUAUACACUGGCAAGACAUUGUACGCACUCCGAAUGCUACUUUGGUCCCAAUGAGCAGCAAUGCAGAAUGUGGGAGGUGCCCUAAGUCAUGCAUGGGACGCUGCUGGGGACCAUCGGAUCAACACUGCCAGAGAUUGACGAAGACUGUGUGCGCAGAACAAUGUGAUGGCCGAUGCUAUGGUUCCUAUGUUAGUGAUUGCUGUCACCGAGAAUGUGCUGGAGGCUGCACAGGACCAAAAGACACUGACUGCUUUUCCUGUAUGAAAUUUAACGACAGCGGUUCCUGUGUCACCCAGUGUCCUCAGCCUAAUAUUUACAAUCCGACUGCUUUCCAGCUGGAGCAAAACCCAAAGGCCAAGUAUACCUAUGGAGCUUUUUGUGUCAACAAGUGCCCACAUAACUUUGUCGUGGAUGACAGCUCCUGUGUACGAGCCUGCCCAAGCAACAAGAUGGAAGUGGAAGAAAAUGGAAUCAAGAUGUGCAAGCCUUGUGCGGGCAUCUGUCCAAAAGUGUGUGACGGGAUUGGGACUGGGUCCUUGCAGUCAGCACAGACGGUAGAUUCCAGCAACAUAGACAAAUUCAUUAACUGUACCAAGAUCAAUGGCAAUCUGCAUUUCCUGGUCACGGGCAUUGACGGGGAUCCCUACCACAACAUAGCUGCACUAGAACCUCAGAAACUAAACAUCUUUUUCACAGUUCGAGAGAUCACAGGAUUCCUAAAUAUUCAGUCUUGGCCAAGAAAUAUGACGGACCUCAGUGUCUUUUCCAACCUGGUGAAUAUAGGAGGCAGAGUGCUCUACAGUGGAAUUUCCCUGCUGAUUCUAAAGCAGCAGAGCCUCAACUCCCUACAGUUUCAGUCACUCAAAGAGAUCAGUGCUGGGAAUGUAUAUAUCACUGAUAACCGUAACCUGUGCUAUUACCAUACCGUCAACUGGACAUCUCUCUUCCGGACAUCCAACCAGAGAACCACUAUCCGAGAGAACAAGAAGCCAGAAAACUGCACUGCAGAAGGAAUGGUUUGUGACCCUCUCUGUUCCAAUGCUGGGUGCUGGGGUCCAGGGGCCAAUCAGUGCCUGUCCUGUCGAUACUUCAGCCGAGGGAAGUCAUGUGUCAGAUCCUGCAACCUUUAUAAAGGAGAAUCCCGUGAAUUUGUCAAUGGCUCUGUCUGUGUAAUGUGUGACUCUCAAUGCGAGAAGAUGGAAGACAGCAUAGUCACCUGCUAUGGGCCGGGCCCAGAUCACUGCACAAAAUGCUCAAACUUUAAGGAUGGGCCCAACUGCGUGGAAAAAUGUCCAGAAGGUCUUCAAGGGGCAAACAGCUUCAUCUUUAAAUACGCAGAUGAGGACAAAGAAUGCCAUCCUUGCCACCCUAACUGUACAGAUGGGUGUAGAGGACCACGUUUGAAGGACUGCAUUGGAAUCAUAGAUAGGACUCCUCUCAUCGCAGCCAGUGUUAUUGGAGGGCUCUUCAUAAUAGUUAUCAUGGCAUUGACCUUUGCCGUUUACAUUAGAAGGAAAAGCAUCAAAAAGAAGAGAGCUUUACGCAGAUUCCUUGAAACAGAGUUGGUAGAACCACUGACACCCAGUGGCACAGCCCCAAAUCAGGCCCAGCUGAGGAUUCUAAAGGAAACAGAACUAAAAAGGAUAAAAAUCUUGGGAUCUGGUGCUUUUGGGACUGUCUACAAGGGCAUCUGGGUUCCUGAAGGAGAAACUGUGAAGAUCCCUGUGGCAAUUAAGAUACUAAAUGAGACAACUGGACCUAAAGCAAAUGCUGAGUUCAUGGACGAGGCUUUGAUUAUGGCCAGCAUGGACCAUCCACACCUGGUUCGACUUCUGGGCGUGUCUUUAAGUCCCACAAUUCAACUUGUUACACAGCUAAUGCCCCAUGGAUGCCUGUUGGACUAUGUGCAUGAACAUAAGGAUAACAUCGGGUCACAACUCCUUCUUAACUGGUGCGUCCAGAUAGCAAAGGGCAUGAUGUAUUUGGAAGAAAGGCGUCUUGUUCACAGAGAUCUGGCAGCUCGGAAUGUUCUGGUCAAGUCUCCCAAUCAUGUGAAGAUCACCGACUUUGGACUGGCACGGCUUUUGGAAGGAGAUGAAAAAGAAUAUAAUGCAGAUGGUGGCAAGAUGCCCAUUAAAUGGAUGGCCCUAGAGUGUAUCCAUUACAGAAAGUUUACCCAUCAGAGUGAUGUCUGGAGCUAUGGUGUCACUGUCUGGGAGCUUAUGACAUUUGGUGGAAAACCCUAUGAUGGUAUCCCAACACGGGAAAUCCCUGACUUACUGGAGAAAGGAGAAAGACUUCCUCAGCCACCAGUCUGCACAAUUGAUGUCUACAUGGUCAUGGUGAAAUGCUGGAUGAUUGACGCAGAUAGUCGCCCUAAGUUUAAAGAACUAGCUGCUGAAUUUUCCAGGAUGGCAAGAGACCCUCAGAGAUAUCUUGUCAUACAGGGAGAUGACCGUAUGAAACUCCCCAGCCCCAAUGACAGCAAGUUCUUCCAAAACCUUUUGGAUGAAGAAGACCUUGGAGAUAUGAUGGAUGCAGAGGAAUACCUAGUGCCACAGGCCUUUAACAUCCCACCUCCCAUCUACACAUCCCGGACGAGAAUCGACUCCAAUAGAAGUGAAAUUGGACACAGCCCUCCUCCUGCCUACACCCCUAUGUCAGGAAACCAGUUUGUUUAUAGAGAUGGGGGCUACACCACUCAAGAAGCAGUAAAUCUUCCCUUCAGACCCACUGCCUGCCCAAUAACAGAACUCUCAACAGCACAGGGGGCUACAGCUGAAGUCUUUGAUGAUGUUUGUUGCAAUGGCACACUUUGUAAACAGGUGGUAUCAGAGCGAAUACCAGAGGAGAGCAGCCUGCAGAGAUAUAGUGCUGACCCCACUGCAUUUGUGCCGGAACGCAACCCCAGAGGAGUUGUCGGGGAAGAUGGCUAUAUGACUCCCAUGAAGGAAAAACCGAAGUCUGAUUAUUUAAACCCAGUUGAAGAGAAUCCCUUUGUAUCUCGAAGGAAAAAUGGGGAUGUCCAAGCUGUGGAGAAACCAGAGUAUAAUAAUGGGCCCAGCACACAGUCUAAGUCAGAAGAUGAAUAUGUCAAAGAGCGUUUGUAUUUGAACUCUUUUGCUAAACCCAAGGAAAAUGCUGAGUACCUGAAAAAUAAUGGACUUACUGUGCCAGAGAAAUCCAAGAAGGCAUUUGAUAAUCCAGAAUACUGGAAUCACAGUCUGCCACCAAGGAGCACCAUCCAUCAUCCAGAUUACCUGCAUGAAUACAGCACAAAAUACUUUUAUAAGCAAAAUGGACGGAUCAGGCCAGUGGUAGCAGAAAAUCCAGAAUACCUGACAGAAUUUACUCUGAAACCAGGCACUGUUCUCCCCCCUCCUCCCUAUAGGCACCGGAACACUGUUGUGUAGGAUUUACAGUAUUAAGGGGACAGGGAGCUAUCCCUCCCUGGUAUCUUGGAUUCGUUGAGUCCUCCCUCCCUAAUAGCCACCUUACUUCCUCGGGUGUGCUUCCUCUCCAUGCCAGAUCCCUCCCAUUGGAAGGUGAAAGGAUGUUCUAGGCUUUUUCUGUUAUUUAUUACGUAGCACACAUAAUAAGGUGAAAAAGAUACAAUUCUCUAAAUGUUGACUGGAGUACUACAGAAACCAAGAGAGCCCACUGGAAGAUAAAAAAACAGAAGCAGCAGUUCAUGAUAGAUUCACCUUUAGAGUUUUUCUUAUGGCUGCCCAGAAAUCUCUCUUUAUGGUUGUCAGCUCAGCUCAGUAUUUUUUAUUUAUGAAAGAAACAUAUUUAUUCAGAACAGAUAUGCAGAAGAACAUAUUCCAUAUGUGACAUUGAAUCACCAUCAAAAAUAACUGAAACCUCAGCAUCUACUACUCUACCCGUUGUAGAGUCAUUUGAAUUCCUGUUUAUGACUAGUAAGAAAUGUAAGCGAGUGGUUGGAAUUUCUGUUGUUUGUUUUUAAAAUAAUCACACCUCUUGCAAAAAUAGAUUGCAAUAGAAUGCAAAAAUAGAUUGUAUUGAUUCCUGGCACUGUUAAAAUAUAAGUAAAUAUCGAUACUGAUAUGAGCUGAACCAUACACUCACAGAACCAGCUAAUUUAUGAUUUAAAGGUGAUUGUGUCAAGUUCUGCUUUAAGAUCCAAUAACACUGGGAAAGACUAGCAGACCCAUUAACCCAUUGAUAAGGCAAGUCUCUCCAAUGGAUUCCUAAUUUAUGUUUUUAGAAUACGGUAUAGUUUGAAGAACCAGGAGUUAUCAUGGCUCAUCUCAACUCACUUUCCCUUUGGAAUAUAAUACAGCCAGCCAGAUAUGUGAAAGUCAAAGAUGCAAAUAUAAACAAUGGUAAAAUUACUUGUAAUCCUGGAAGCCCGAACAGCUGUGCUUGUGAUGAUGCUCUUCAGUGCCAACACUGAUGCCAAGUUAUGACUUGCAAUGAGGCCAGUUUGUGAUUGCCCACCUUUUUUUUGUUGGUUUCAUUGAAAUCACAUGACAGCAUAUUCUACCACCCAGCACUCUACUUCGUAAGUUGUCCAGAAGGAAAAUAUAAAAAAGCACCCUUCCCGAGUUUUAACAGUGGCUGCUAAAGUUCUUGUUUGUAGAUAUAGAGCUCAUCAUUUCAAUGUGCUAAUGUCUAGACUGACUGCACAAACUAACAAUAAGUAAGACAGAUUUUUGAAAAGUUAUCCAAUGAACAAUAUAUUUGUUCUCUUGGAAGCUGAUGCAUGGUAGCUUUGGGCUGGCCAAUGGGGAGUUCCACGGAUGAACUGUAAGGAAGAAUUAAUACAGCAGGGAAUUGCAGACUUUAGCCUAGAAAGUCAGUUUUGCACUUAAGAUGUACUUCUCUUUUUCCUUGUUACGGACCGUUUUUGAUUUUUUUGUUUUGUUUUUUAUUUUAUUUUUGGAUUUUGAAAGAAGCAAUAUGAAAGCAACCAGCAGAAUCAAAAGAUAUACAGAAGAGACUGUGGAUUUGCAGAAACAAGAUGAACUUUCACUAUAAACAGGUCAUGAUAAGUGUCUUUGGAUAUAAGCUAUAGGAAAAAAAUGUAGCAUUAGCAGCUUAGGAAAAGCAAAAUAGAUGUUAACAGGUUAAAAAUGGCCAUUUGCAUGAAUGAAAUGUGUAAGUGAAAAUUUGAAAGCUCAAAUACAUACAUGAUUUUAUUUGGAAAUUUCCCAAACUUAAAAACAAAUGCUCUGUGACCCUUUGUGGGACAGCAGGAAUAUACCAUUAUUAAAGACACUGGGGUUGUUUCAAGUCAAUAUGGAUUUAAUGGUUCCACAACACACCAUUCUUCAUCUUAUUUAGUUUUUAUUUGAAGUGCUGCUACAUAGUCUCUAUUUUUUCUAAUAGACUAAGCAUUUUUAAACUGGGCAUAAAGAUUUGAAGCUUUACAGCAUAUGUAAGUUGCAUUUGGGAUGAUAUGGUUUGCUUGGGGUUGAAAAAUACUAAUUAGUUGAGUAGAAGUAAAUAUGUAUUUGCAUUAAUUACUCAAAGCUCCUAAGAUCUCCAAAAUAUUGCUUCCCUAAUGUGACUAAUCCAUUUUCUGACCCACAUGAUCUAAAUUAUUAUUUGGAGGAUGCACAUAAAGUACACAGCGACCAAUGGAAUAUAGCAUUUUCAUUAAGAUUAGUGCUAUAUUUAGGCCCUAAAAUAUUAUCAUUUGAUUCCUGUAAUGUUAUGUGCCCAAAUUUAUAGAUUUUUUUCUUACUGGAAUCACUCCCAGGGGAGAACAUAGCAACAUUACAUAUAUUACUUACUGUACCACUAGCAUUAAUCAAUACCAAUAUCAAAACAAAUAUACAAGACAAGUGUUUCAUUGUGGGACUUUUUUGUUUUUUGAGAAGCACAGAACUGUACAUAAUUAUCUUGAUUUCCUUUAUGAAUAGUCAUCUCAUAUUUUGCUAAUAUUCAUCUCAUAUUUUGCCAAUUUAAUGAAUUUCUGUUGCACAUAUUUUCCUUGGUGCUACCUGGUCCAGCUUGGGUGGAAUAUUAAGUAACUAAGGAGAUAUACACAGGCCAUUUGUACAGACAAAUUCAGCACAGUAUUACAGAUUAAGCUAUAAAUACGUUUAUAAGCUUAUAUAUGUUUAUAUAUGAUUAUAAGCUGAUCAUUGUGAUUUUAUUUUUGUCAAUAAGAAAAUGACAGAACUACUGAUAACAGAUGUGUGAAAGAAAUACUGCCAACAAUUACAAAUUCCUCUCUGUAUAAUUUACCUCUCCAGAGGCAUGGCGAAGCAAGCGGCUCGUAACCCAGAAGUUAGUGUUGGUUAGGUCAAUUAAAGCUACUGAACCUUCAUUUUAAACAUUUGUGCUCACAUAUUAAGGACCCCUGUCCUAUGCCAAACACCAGAGCCAUAUUUUGCCAAGAAUUCCUUUUUAAUUACACUAGUGUUUAUCUAGUAUAAUUAAGUCUAAAACAACUGGACUUUUCUGAUUUUUUUUUCUUGAAAAUGUUUCACAACUCAUCCAGAGUGGCUUCUUCAGUUCACAUGGCUGGCAAGGGAUUCCCCUGACUGGAUCAUACAGUACCUUCUUAUACCUGUCAGUUUCAGCCAACACCUAACUGAAUAUGUUCAAUGGAACUAUUGUGGAUGCCAGUGACUGUACUACCCUCAAGGGUUUAAAUUCUGAGGAAUUACCUACCAGCUACUUGAACUGAAGAAGCCACUCGGAUGAGUUGUGAAGAAAAAAAACUCCAGUUGUUUUAGACUUAAUUCUACUAGAUACUAGAUAUCAUGACCGGGAUGAAUAAAAAUCUUCAUAGGCAUACACUAGUGUUAUGCAAGUAGUGUAUAGUUGUUUUGAAAUACAUUUUUUCCAUGUAGAAUUAGUUCUGUUUAAACCCUCACCCUAACAAAGGAAUUGUAGGUUCAUAAGAGUGUAAAAUUCCAGAAUUUCAUAGGCCCUUGGCCUGAAUAAACGUUUACAUGUGACUAUAUGAUUUGUUGUAUAGAUUAAAAGAGCACAUUUCCAAUGGAACAGUAAUACAGAUGGUGAAUUAAACAACAUCAUAUAGAGACCAAGACCUAUCACAAGUGGAUGAUGAAGAUAUUUAUGUCUGACAAUUUGGAUGACCUCAAAGUGUAAAUCAGCUUUACAUUACUAACAUGAAGUUAAAAAUAACCUUAAGGCCUUAUGUUGCCGGAAUGUUUUUAUUUGAACCAGUUGUUUGAAUCCAGUGCAUAUCAUCUCUAUUAAUUUACUCACCUACGCUGCCAGUUGCUUUGCUCAAGUUUUACUAACAACCAAGACGGUCAGGCUCAAGUAGCAUCUGAGCUUUCCAAGAAUGGACCUCCCUUUAAAGUUGAUGCUGUGCUCAGGGUUUCUUAUCACGAUUUAUUGACUUCACACAAAAGUAGGAGGACGAACUGCUUCUCUCAGCAGUCAA